CUUGAAGGUGACGGACGCGCAGCAGCGAGUCAGGACGAGUCCUACAGACAACAUGAUGACACUCAAAAUGAGAAAAAAUUUGCAUGCACUUUGUCAGAGCGCAUAUUAAAUACAGUGGAAACCUGUGGAUUUCCCUGCAGUCGCCACGCAGCUCCGCACAUGAGUAGUUCAGGAGCGCUCCCAACUUUCUGAUGCCAUCAAGUUUUGUCCUCCAAACUCCAAACACGCGCAGACAGCCUUUAUGUUGGAUAAGUGUGGCUCACACAACGCCGGGGUUCCGGUCUCCAGCGCGGACCUGCAGCUGAAACUGACCGAGCACAAGAGCAGCCUGGCCGCAGCAGGGAUGGGGAUGGAGAGCGGAGCAGGGAAGAAACUCAUAGAGAUAACAGGACCAGCUUUAUCCAAGAAGAAACUUCUGGUGGGCUUGGACCUCCUCUGUCUCUUCCUCGCUUCCAUCCCGUUCUUCGCGUGUGAGCUGAAGGCGGUGAGCCCGUACAAGAGGGGCUUCAUGUGUGGGGACCCAAGCAUCACCUACCCCUACCUGCACCAAGAGGCCAUAUCUGACGAGCUACUCAUUGCUGGUGGCAUCAUCAUCACAGGUGUCACUAUCGCCCUCGGGGAGUGUUACCGGGUCCGUUUUCGUAGCGUGAGCUCCAAGGCCUUCAUCAGGAACCUCUAUGUGUCGUGUCUCUACAAGGAGCUGGGCUGCUUCCUGUUCGGCUGCUGCGUCGGCCAGUCGCUCACCAACAUGGCCAAGCUGAGCGUUGGGCGGCUGCGACCUCACUUCCUGUAUGUGUGCGGGGUCACGUAUGCAUCGCUUAACUGCACGCCUGGAACGUACGUUGCAACAGUGAGCUGCCGCCAGCCCGACCACCGGCUGGAGGAGGAGGCCAGGAAGUCCUUCUUCUCGGGCCACGCCUCGUUCGCCAUGUACACAUUGCUCUAUUUAGCAUUUUACCUUCAGGCACGGUUCACAUGGCGAGGGGCUCGACUGCUGAGACCGGCGCUGCAGUUCUUCCUGGUUCUUCUCGCGGUCUACACAGGUCUAACCCGCAUCUCAGACUACAGGCACCACCCGUCCGACGUGAUAACAGGCUACGUUCAGGGCGCGCUCACUGCUUACUGGGUGGCCUUCCACAUCUCGUCCAUGUUUAAAAGCUCAUGCUCAGAUCUGUCACCGAGUGAGACCCCGGACAGCCCCCUGUCCCCUCACCACACUGUCUGCUAGACCUCCAACCACCCACACCUGCAUGGACCGACAGCAUCCAGCUCCUGCGUGUUGUCUGGUUUGGAUAGAAAAGAGAUUUGAAGUAUGUGAAACCAUUUCCUGUGAACCUCAUACCUCCGCUUUCAAACAGAGAGAGAGAGAGAGAGAGAUUUUGAAAGGGACUCAGAAGAGGACAAACUUGGAGAAAGGGAGAGUCAGGGAGCGGUCUGAGCUCUCAACACCUUGGGACUGACCUGAGCUUUAUACGAGACACACACCUGAGAGAGAAGACGAGUGAACCCUGCGAACAACCACUACACCCCACCACUCUGAACAUGGCCUGUAAAUAUAUACAGAUUUUGUACAUCUUGAAUGACACUGUAAAAGCACUUUUUUCUCUAUGUUAGUAUAAAUAACCACUUUUUUUUUUAGAUAUAUGUAAUAUAUUUUAUACAAACGUAAUAUAACCUGUAGCUAUGUUUCUAUUUUACACAAACCCUGUGAAUGUAACGGUCACGAAGGAAAGCACAAAGUAGUGAAUGUCCCAAAUGUGUUGCAGCAUUAAGUUGUAGUUGGAAUGUGUCUGUCCGUCUGUUUGCAAAGUUUAAAUAGCUCAUAAAUUACAGAAUGGUCAUAAAAGUCUAGACUAGAUAUUUAAUCCUAAUGUUUCAGAAGUAGAGAGGCGAGUAUUAUUCUGACUUGUUGUAAUUCUAAUGUACGUAGACCUCUCUGCAGUGAGAGAGCACACAGAUAAUUAAAUAAAUAUGCAUUUUUUAAAA